AUGUUUAUUCAGACAUAUUCUGAUGUUGGUCAUUUUAGGUACAGAGCCAUCGUUAAACCCUUGGAACUGCAGACUUCAGAUGCGCUCCUGAAGACCUGCUGUAAAGCUGGCUGUGUUUGGAUUGUCUCCAUGAUACUUGCUAUCCCAGAAGCUGUUUUUUCAGAUUUGUAUUCUUUCAGCAAUCCUGAGAAAAAUUUAACUUUUGAGGCGUGUGCCCCCUAUCCUGUAUCUGAGAAGAUCCUACAGGAAGCUCACUCCCUGGUUUGCUUCUUAGUGUUCUAUAUUGUGCCCUUAGCUGUCAUUUCUGUCUACUACUCUCUUAUUGCCAGAACAUUAUACAAAAGUACAGUCAACAUGCCGGCAGAAGAACAUGGUCAUGCCCGUAAGCAGAUUGAAUCCCGCAAGAGAGUUGCAAAGACAGUGCUGGUGCUUGUGGCUCUGUUUGCCUUCUGCUGGUUGCCCAACCACAUCCUCUACCUGUACCGCUCUUUCACAUACCAUGCUUCUGUCGAUGCUUCCACAUUUCAUCUGAUAGCAACUAUUUUUUCCCGCACCCUGGCCUUCAGCAAUUCCUGUGUCAAUCCUUUUGCUCUUUAUUGGCUGAGUAAAAGUUUCCGUCAACAUUUUAAAAAGCAAGUCUCAUGCUGCAAGGCAACAUUCUGUGCAGAGUCUCCCAGUGCUCCUCAGAGCAGCUCUCCUACCAGAGCCCUGUCGGUCACAGGCAGCAUGCAUGGCUCAGAAAUCAGUGUUACACUUCUAACAGAUUAUAGCAUCACAAAAGAGGAGGAAAGCGUUUAG